CACGUCAACUUCCCUUUUACAGGUUAAACUGGGUAAAAAAAAAGGAUGACUGGGAGGAUCAUACGUGAAUCUGGGCUGAACCCAAUCUGCAAAUAAAUACUCGAGACACUUCUAGUCACGACCAUCUGUGAGACAAACAUCUGACCUGACCUGAUCUACUCUCUGAAAACACCUGUUGAACAUCACCUGCAGCAAGAUGUUGCUUUUACUUUUCUGUCUGCUUUCUCUGACGGCAGCGGCUGCUGAAGUGGGUCUUAGUGGUAAAGCGCUUCUGUUUCCAACCAAGACGGAUUCCAGCUUUGUUAAACUCACUCCUGAAAAGCCCCUGAGUCUCUCAGCGUUUACUCUCUGCAUGCGUGUGGCGACGGAGCUCCAGGGUCAGAGGGAGAUCAUUCUCUUCGCCUACCGAACAUCCAGCGUCGACGAGCUCAACGUGUGGAGAGCGAAAGAUGGCCGCUUUAUUUUUUAUAUUCAGUCUAGUAGUAAUGGAGCGAUUUUCCGCCUGCCUCCUCUCUCCACGUUCCAGACUCACCUGUGCCUCACCUGGGACUCUGCGACCGGUCUUACUGCUUUUUGGGUGGAUGGACGGCGCAGUGUGUUCCAGAUCUAUAGGAAAGGUCACUCAGUUCGUCCUGGCGGCACCGUUCUGCUCGGCCAGGACCCUGAUAAAUAUGUGGGUACCUUUGACGCAGAGCAGAGCUUAGUAGGUGAAAUUACAGAUGUGCAAAUGUGGGAUCAUGUUCUCUCUGCCAUUCAGAUUAAGGCGGUUUAUUCUAACCAGGAACCGUAUGUGCCGAAGGGAAACGUGAUUGACUGGAACACCAUCAAAUAUGAGACCAGAGGAAAUGUGCUAGUGGUGUAAGAUAA